UACUUUCACGACACAAUCCACUAGAGAAGGAAGACAUUCUGUACCGUCGGUUUCAUGUUUGGUAUUUCCUAGAUAUCUGAAACACACACCAAGUUUACGCCGUUGAAAGAAAGCUUUGUUAGGGAUCACCUGAUGUUGAAAGACUUUCCAUUGGUAACAACUGGCUCUAUUCUAAUGAAGACUUGUAUUCUUGUAUUAUUGCUAUGGCCAGUCAAAGGCUUCGUUGUUUUCGAUGAAGACAAACGCCAAGACCUAGUCCCUUUCCCUAGAGUAGGUAGGAGUUUUUGGAGUUGGACAGAAGACAAACGCCAAGGUUUGGUCCCUUUCCCUCGAGUGGGUCGGUCUACGGAUAAACGACAGGGACUGAUUCCAUUUCCUAGGAUUGGUCGCUCAUAUUCUAUUCCCCAGAAUGAGAUUAUAGAUGAUGUCGAAAACUCCUUUGACAAAGAACUUUGGUAUACCCCUUCGUUUAAGCUCUUCUCUUCUGAGCUUACGCCAAGAAUAGGAAGGAAGAAAAGGUCUGUAGCUUCGUCUAAUGAUGACACACAAGACAAAGAUUACCAUUCAUGGUACCAAGGACUGAGUCCUUAUGAAAAACACUAUCACAGGAAUUUACGUCAGCUAGUUCCCGCUCCCCGCUUGGGCCGAUCAUUUAAUUCUCUUAUCGGGAGUCAGAGUACUCAUCUACCCAGUUCCUUUCACGAUGAAGAGGGUGACGAUAAGCGGUCUGCCUUCACUCCUCGCAUUGGAAGAGAUCCAAUAACACCUCGAAUCGGUAGGUCGGAGGGUAACAUAGGAACCAAUUUACAUGCUGCGUUCGCACCCAGACUUGGUCGAACGGCCUUUACUCCAAGACUAGGAAGAUCUCAUGACCAUUCGAAACAUGGAACAGAAACUGAAGCCUAAUAAUCCUAAGAGAGUUCCGUUAAUUUAAUUAAAUAUAUCUGUUGUUUACAAAUCGAAGAAAAUGUAUACUAGAAUCUCAUACGACAUUCUGGUUAGAAUACUUUAUGUCAAGGUAUUUGUGUCCAUAAGCUAAUGAUUUCCUGAAAUAAAGGAAUUGCAGAGAAUUAAUAAAGAAGUUUUAGCCUCA